UUUGAAAAUAGAGGGAAAAAGUAAACAAAACAAAAUCGAAGCUUAAGAAAUGGCGUUGGAAUCAAAAUCAAACCCGCUAGAAGAACACCAAGACGAAGACGACAACGUAGAGGAAGAGACCCGUCACAAUGAAGAUGAACUUGCACGCAACCCUUCUGCACCGCCCGAUUAUGAGUUUUUUGAAAUUACAACAACCGUUGAUCCUAGUUACAUCAUCUCUUUGAUUCGGAAACUUAUUCCGAUCGAUUCCGUGACCAGUCGUGAUUCUCGUGGAGUUAACGGCAGUGAUGAUGGCGGCCGUGGUGAUACGAAUCAAAUGGUGGAAGAGAGUGGAAAUGAGUGUGAGAAAAUGGACAUAGUUAUUGAUGGUAGUCGAGGAGGAGAAGAUAAGGACACGUGUCGUGGAUUGGCAGGGGACGAGGUUUGGGAAGAGUAUGGUUGCGUUUUGUGGGAUCUUGCGGCGAGUAGAACUCAUGCUGAACUCAUGGUGCAAAACCUUGUGCUUGAAGUGCUUAUGGCUAACCUUACGGUUUCGCAAUCAGCACGUGUUACAGAAAUCUGUCUUGGCAUUAUUGGAAACCUAGCCUGCCAUGAAGCCCCAAUGAAGCAUAUAGUCUCUGCAAAUGGGCUGAUUUCAACAAUUGUGGAUCAAUUGUUUUCAGAUGACACUCAAUGCCUAGCUGAAGCUUGUAGGUUGUUAACUUUGGGUCUUCAAGGUAAUGAAUGUUGUCCCUGGGCUGAGGCAGUGCAGUCUGAACAUAUUCUUUGUCGUAUUAUAUGGAUUGCAGAAAAUACCUUAAAUCCGCAGCUUUUAGAGAAGAGUGUAGCACUGAUACUAGCUAUUCUAGAAAGUCAACAGGAAGCUUCCUGUACCAUUGUCCCGUCCUUGAUGAAGCUGGGUUUACCAAGUCUAUUGAUCAACCUCUUGGAUUUUGAAAUGAGCAGAUUAACAGAGGAAAGAGUACCUGAAAGGUACUCUGUUCUUGAUGUAAUUCUUCGUGCAAUUGAAGCUCUUUCCAUUUUGGAUGGUCAUUCCCAAGAAAUCUGCUCUAAUAAGAAACUUCUCCAACUAGUUUGUGACCUGGUAAAACUCCCGGAUAAAGCUGAGGUUGCUAGCUCUUGUGUUACUGUUGCUGUCUUGAUUGCGAAUAUUCUGUCUGAUGUGCCUAAUUUAGCCUCAGAGAUGUCACAAGAUUUGCCAUUCUUACAGGGACUGCUCGAGGUAUUUCCUUUGGCUUCAGAUGAUGUAGAAGCAAGGAGUGCUCUGUGGAGCGUUAUUGCAAGGUUACUCGUUCGAGUUAGAGAAAAUGGCAUGAGCCUGUCAAGCCUGCAUCAGUAUGUGUUGGUUCUAGCAAGAAAAUCUGAGAUUAUUGAAGAUGAUCUUCUCAACCGACAAUCUGAUAAUUCCUGUGAAGAAACCAAGGACUUGACCAGUUCUAGCUCAAAAUCAAAUCGAAGUACAGCUCUGACGAGAAUAGUCUGUAUUUUAAAUCAGUGGACAGCUUCAAAGGAUUCAAAGGAUUGUCUUAGUGGGGAUGAGGCGGCAGGAGAACAUUCUGCAGAUGAGUUAAAUGUUGGGAGAUUGUUAGAUUGCUGCCGAAAACAUAUCGAUUUCACCGAGUAAUCAUGUCUUGAGGACUGGUUCAUCGUCCGAAUUACUGUUUUGUGCAACAUCCAUUAAUGCACCAACAUUUUGUCUUUCUUUUAACAGAGGAAUAACCGUGAAUUAAAUUAGACUAAUAACUUCUUAUGUUCCUCCUUCUGUAAUCACAUAUUCUCCUUUCUUUUCCUA